AUGUCUAACCCCGAAGGAUAUGAACCUCGUUCAGGAUCUGCCAGUGAUGAUGGUAGAAAUGAUGGAAUAGAGUUGACUGCCUUAAAUGGCGCUAGAGGAAACCUAUCACCAAAAGGAGUGGGCAUUCUGACGUGCUCAGCUGCGGCUCUUACCAUCACAAGCUUGGUAGCAUCUGAAUAUUUAACUAGAAGAGCUUACGACGAGCUUGAUCGAAAUACGGAGAUCUGUGAUGACCGAUUACGAACUAAACAUGACGAAAUCAACAGCUUAGAAGCUUAUAGUCGAUAUGAAAGAUCCAAAUACGAUGUUCUACUCUCAAAAGUACACACAGCCUUGUCCAAUGAUACCGAUCAAGCGGCGACUAUAGCUGAAAUCAACCGAAUCAUAGCAGAGUUUGAGGGAGAAGCUAUCUAUGUACCUUCUACUCGAUCCAAUGUUGGAGAAGGAGAUUCUAUAGUUGCUGAAGACAAAGGAUCGUAA